CGCAGCCCGCGCGCGCCUCGCGGCAUCAUGCAGGAGCCCCUGCUGCGAGCCGAGGGCCGGGACUACGACACCUUCCCCGAGGCCCCCGCGUCCCCGCCGGAGCGGGCGCCGGGCGGGGCUGCACAGAACAGAAGGGUGUUCCUGGCCACCUUUGCUGCUGUGCUGGGUAAUUUCAGCUUUGGGUACGCGCUGGUCUACACAUCCCCCGUGAUCCCCGCCUUGCAACGCUCCUCCAACCCUGCGCUGCACCUGACCAAAACCCAGGCCUCCUGGUUUGGGUCUGUGUUCACGCUGGGAGCCGCGGCCGGAGGCCUCAGCGCCAUGGUCCUCAACGACCUCCUGGGCCGGAAGCUCAGCAUCAUGUUCUCGGCCGUGCCCUUGGCGGCGGGCUACGCGCUCAUGGCCGGAGCCCAGGGGCUGUGGAUGCUGCAGCUGGGGCGGACGCUGACCGGCUUCGCUGGAGGACUCACGGCCGCCUGCAUCCCGGUGUACGUGUCUGAGAUUGCACCCCCUGGUGUUCGUGGGGCUCUGGGGGCUACGCCGCAGCUCAUGGCAGUGUUUGGGUCCCUGUCCCUCUACGCCCUUGGCCUCUGGCUGCCCUGGCGCUGGCUGGCGGUGGCCGGGGAGGGGCCCGUGCUCGUCAUGAUCCUGAUCCUCAGCUUCAUGCCCAACUCGCCGCGCUUCCUGCUCUCGAGGGGCCGGGCCGAGGAGGCGCUGCGGGCGCUUACCUGGCUGCGGGCGGGCGCCGCCGACGUCCACUGGGAGUUCGAGCAGAUCCAGGACAACGUCCAGAGACAGAGCAGCCGCGUGUCGUGGGCCGAGGUCCGAGCCCCCCGCAUGUACCGGCCCAUCCUCAUCGCCCUGCUGAUGCGCUUUCUGCAGCAGCUGACGGGCAUCACGCCCAUCCUGGUCUACCUGCAGCCCAUCUUCGACAGCACGGCCGUGGUGCUGCCGCCCCAGGACGACGCAGCGAUUGUGGGUGCGGUGAGGCUGCUGUCCGUGCUGAUCGCCGCCCUGACCAUGGACCUGGCCGGCCGCAAGGUUCUGCUCUUCGUGUCAGCAACCAUCAUGUUCGCUGCCAACCUGACGCUGGGGCUGUAUGUCCACUUCGUCCCCAGGCCUCUCGCCCCCAACGGCACCGCGGGCGGGGGCCUUCAGGACCUGGUUUUGGGGGGCACGGAGCAGCCCCCCGCCACCCCCACCAGCUACCUCACCCUGGUGCCUCUGCUGGCCACCAUGUUCUUCAUCAUGGGCUACGCCAUGGGCUGGGGGCCCAUCACCUGGCUGCUCAUGUCUGAGAUCCUGCCCCUGCGCGCGCGCGGCGUGGCCUCGGGGCUCUGUGUGCUGGUCAGCUGGCUCACCGCCUUCGUCCUCACCAAGUCCUUCCUGCUGGUGGUGAACGCCUUCGGCCUGCAGGUGCCUUUCUUCUUCUUUGCGGCCGUCUGCCUGGUGAACCUGGUGUUCACCGGCUUCUGUGUGCCUGAAACCCGGGGCCGCUCGCUGGAGCAGAUCGAGGGCUUCUUCCACUCCAGGAGGCGGUCCUUCCCCCACUAGGUCAGGGCCGCCCGCUGGGCUGGGCGCGGGCAGCAAGCCCGCACCUGCAGCCCCGACCG